AUGAUAUCACAAUUCACACCAUCAGCAUUGCGACUAGAAAUAUAUAUUUCCAAAGCUGCCAUCCCAAGCCAAACUAUUAGCUUUGCGACUCAAGAGUGCCUGUCAAAGUGUUUCACUUUAAUUGAAAUUGCGCAUCUAGGUUUGAAUUCAAAUAAAAAUUGGUCAAUAGAUGAGAUGAGUGAUGAAUCACAAACUUUAGAUUAA